AUGCGCGCGGGGCAAGGUACAAAGGGCGCGGCGGCGGCUCCUGCGCACAACGAAGCGGCCGGGCAAGAUGGCGCUCUGUUUCCCCUGCAGGACAAAGAGAAGAAAAAGAAGGAGAGCAUCUUGGACCUGUCCAAGUACAUCGACAAGACGAUCCGAGUGAAGUUCCAGGGAGGCCGAGAAGCCAGCGGCAUCCUGAAAGGGUUUGACCCGCUGCUCAACCUCGUGCUGGAUGGCACCAUCGAGUACAUGAGAGACCCUGACGACCAGUACAAGCUCACGGAGGACACCCGGCAGCUGGGCCUGGUGGUGUGCAGGGGCACCUCCGUGGUGCUCAUCUGCCCGCAGGACGGCAUGGAGGCCAUCCCCAACCCCUUCAUCCAGCAGCAAGAUGCCUAGUGGCCGGGGCUGCCCCUCCCCCAGGACUCGGGCCACCCGUAGGAACGGAACUUUCCUUUUUGUAUAGCUUAUGUUUUUGUUUUCUUUAUAAAAUUGCAAACCUCAA